CUCUCUCUCACACACACACACACACUCGCGCGCGCGCGCGCGCACACACACACACACACACGCGCACACACCACACUUGUGUUUUCAGGACAUCGAAACAGAGGCUAUUUCCCUGGGGAAAGAAAUCCUGCCUGGCGAGAUCUCCCCAUUGGUUGUUUACCCGGAGAAAUCUACAUGUUUAAGGGGGAUGGUGCAUCCAUAAUCAGUCUGUCCCUAUAGGACUUGGGUCUUGGCGACCUUUUUGUGACCUCUCCCGCCAGAGGAGGCUGCUGUCACUUUAAAAAUUUAAAAGAGGAGCCCGUCUGGCUUCCGAUCAGAUCACUCUGGGCGGCGGGAGAUAGCUCCCUUUCUCCCUCGCCCCGGGUUCUUUCUGGAUGGCCGAGCAGAUCCUCUUUAAAGAGACAGUUCAUGAAAUAGAAACCCGGCGGCUGAGCUUGGAGUUGCGAAAGGGGACGAUCCCGUGAGGGUCCAGGACCCGCGAAGGCGCUGCGGAGGAUCUGAAAGGGGGAUAGAGCUCCCCUCGCCUCCCCAGGCCCCCCACCUUUUCAAACUCUCCUCCUCCUGCUUGUUUUCCCCCCUUGGAACUGGGAAGGAGAAGUAGAAGUUUUAGUGGGUUUCAGAUAACUUUCAUUACACAUCGGGCUGAUAAGAGCAAGAGAAAGUGAGAAAAGAGGGAGGUGAUGUGAACCAGAAGGAAUAGCUCCGAGCUCAUUUAGGAAGGGGGAAAAAGCCAAAACACACCAAACCCGGGUCACCCAGACGACAGAAGACUUCAUUUCUUGUAUUAAAAAUACACUGUUGGCGGACAGUAAAUCCGAAACGCGUGGUGCUGGAGAGCAGAUCCUAGAGACGGACAAAGUUGUCAGAGACCCAUUUGGAAAUCGAGACGCGAGGCUUUAAAAAAAUUAUUAUUAUUAUUUUUAAACAUCUCGAAAUGUUGCUCGGGAUCGUUUGAAAGGAUUUUCGUGCAGGAGCGUUGGGGGCUGCUGAUUAUUUUAUUUUGUUUAUUUUGAUUCUUCUGUGAUUGCCUAUUAUUGCUGAGUUGAGGCCAUAGAAAUCUAAAGAUCUUAGAUGAGUUUUACAAUGUGAAGUUCUGCAUAGAUGCCAGUCAACCAGAUGUAGGAAGCUGGCUCAAGUACAUUAGAUUUGCUGGCUGUUAUGAUCAGCACAACCUCGUUGCGUGCCAGAUAAAUGAUCAGAUAUUCUACAGAGUAGUUGCAGACAUUGCGCCGGGAGAGGAGCUUCUGCUGUUCAUGAAGAGUGAAGACUAUCCCCAUGAAACUAUGGCGCCGGAUAUCCACGAAGAACGGCAAUAUCGCUGUGAAGACUGUGACCAGCUCUUUGAAUCUAAGGCUGAACUAGCAGAUCACCAAAAGUUUCCGUGCAGUACUCCUCACUCAGCAUUUUCAAUGGUUGAAGAGGACUUUCAGCAAAAACUCGAAAGUGAGAAUGAUCUCCAAGAGAUACACACGAUCCAGGAGUGUAAGGAAUGUGACCAAGUUUUUCCUGAUUUGCAAAGCCUGGAGAAACACAUGCUGUCACAUACUGAAGAGAGGGAAUACAAGUGUGAUCAGUGUCCCAAGGCAUUUAACUGGAAGUCCAAUUUAAUUCGCCACCAGAUGUCACAUGACAGUGGAAAGCACUAUGAAUGUGAAAACUGUGCCAAGCAGGUUUUCACGGACCCUAGCAACCUUCAGCGGCACAUUCGCUCUCAGCAUGUCGGUGCCCGGGCCCAUGCAUGCCCGGAGUGUGGCAAAACGUUUGCCACUUCGUCGGGCCUCAAACAACACAAGCACAUCCACAGCAGUGUGAAGCCCUUUAUCUGUGAGGUCUGCCAUAAAUCCUAUACUCAGUUUUCAAACCUUUGCCGUCAUAAGCGCAUGCAUGCUGAUUGCAGAACCCAAAUCAAGUGCAAAGACUGUGGACAAAUGUUCAGCACUACGUCUUCCUUAAAUAAACACAGGAGGUUUUGUGAGGGCAAGAACCAUUUUGCGGCAGGUGGAUUUUUUGGCCAAGGCAUUUCACUUCCUGGAACCCCAGCUAUGGAUAAAACGUCCAUGGUUAAUAUGAGUCAUGCCAACCCGGGCCUUGCUGACUAUUUUGGCGCCAAUAGGCAUCCUGCUGGUCUUACCUUUCCAACAGCUCCUGGAUUUUCUUUUAGCUUCCCUGGUCUGUUUCCUUCCGGCUUGUACCACAGGCCUCCUUUGAUACCUGCUAGUUCUCCUGUUAAAGGACUAUCAAGUACUGAACAGACAAACAAAAGUCAAAGUCCCCUCAUGACACAUCCUCAGAUACUGCCAGCUACACAGGAUAUUUUGAAGGCACUAUCUAAACACCCAUCUGUAGGGGACAAUAAGCCAGUGGAGCUCCAGCCCGAGAGGUCCUCUGAAGAGAGGCCCCUUGAGAAAAUCAGUGACCAGUCAGAGAGUAGUGACCUUGAUGAUGUCAGUACACCAAGUGGCAGUGACCUGGAAACAACCUCGGGCUCUGAUCUGGAAAGUGACAUUGAAAGUGAUAAAGAGAAAUUUAAAGAAAAUGGUAAAAUGUUCAAAGACAAAGUAAGCCCUCUUCAGAAUCUGGCUUCAAUAAAUAAUAAGAAAGAAUACAGCAAUCAUUCCAUUUUCUCACCAUCUUUAGAGGAGCAGACUGCGGUGUCAGGAGCUGUGAAUGAUUCUAUAAAGGCUAUUGCUUCUAUUGCUGAAAAAUACUUUGGUUCAACAGGACUGGUGGGGCUGCAAGACAAAAAAGUUGGAGCUUUACCUUACCCUUCCAUGUUUCCCCUCCCGUUUUUUCCAGCAUUCUCUCAAUCAAUGUACCCAUUUCCUGAUAGAGACUUGAGAUCGUUACCUUUGAAAAUGGAACCCCAAUCACCAGGUGAAGUAAAGAAACUGCAGAAGGGCAGCUCUGAGUCCCCCUUUGAUCUCACCACUAAACGAAAAGAUGAGAAGCCCUUGACUCCAGUCCCCUCCAAGCCUCCAGUGACGCCUGCCACAAGCCAAGACCAGCCCCUGGAUCUAAGUAUGGGCAGUAGGAGUAGAGCCAGUGGGACAAAGUUGACUGAGCCUCGAAAAAACCACGUGUUUGGGGAAAAAAAAGGAAGCAAUGUCGAAUCAAGACCUGCUUCAGAUGGUUCCUUGCAGCAUGCAAGACCCACUCCUUUCUUUAUGGACCCUAUUUACAGAGUAGAGAAAAGAAAACUAACUGACCCACUUGAAGCUUUAAAAGAGAAAUACUUGAGGCCUUCUCCAGGAUUCUUGUUUCACCCACAAUUCCAACUGCCUGAUCAGAGAACUUGGAUGUCAGCUAUUGAAAACAUGGCGGAAAAGCUAGAGAGCUUCAGUGCCCUGAAGCCUGAGGCAAGUGAGCUCCUACAGUCAGUACCCUCUAUGUUCAACUUCAGGGCGCCUCCCAGUGCCCUGCCAGAGAACCUUCUGCGGAAGGGAAAGGAGCGCUAUACCUGCAGAUACUGUGGCAAGAUUUUUCCAAGGUCUGCAAACCUAACACGGCACUUGAGAACCCACACAGGAGAGCAACCUUACAGAUGCAAAUACUGUGACAGAUCAUUUAGCAUAUCUUCUAACUUGCAAAGGCAUGUUCGCAACAUCCACAAUAAAGAGAAGCCAUUUAAGUGUCACUUAUGUGAUAGGUGUUUUGGUCAACAAACCAAUUUAGACAGACACCUAAAGAAACAUGAGAAUGGGAACAUGUCCGGUACAGCAACAUCGUCGCCUCAUUCUGAACUGGAAAGUACAGGUGCGAUUCUGGAUGACAAAGAAGAUGCUUACUUCACAGAAAUUCGAAAUUUCAUCGGGAACAGCAACCACAGCAGUCAGUCUCCCAGGAAUGUGGAGGAGAGAAUGAAUGGCAGUCAUUUUAAAGAUGAAAAGGCUUUGGUGACCAGUCAAAAUUCAGACUUACUGGAUGAUGAAGAAGUUGAAGAUGAGGUGUUGUUAGAUGAGGAGGAUGAAGACAAUGAUAUUACUGGAAAAACAGGAAAGGAACCAGUGACAAGUAAUUUACAUGAAGGAAACCCUGAGGAUGACUAUGAAGAAACCAGUGCUCUAGAGAUGAGUUGCAAGACAUCCCCAGUGAGGUAUAAAGAGGAAGAAUAUAAAAGUGGACUUUCUGCUCUAGAUCAUAUAAGGCACUUCACAGAUAGUCUCAAAAUGAGGAAAAUGGAAGAUAAUCAAUAUUCUGAAGCUGAGCUGUCUUCUUUUAGUACUUCCCAUGUGCCAGAGGAACUGAAGCAGCCAUUACACAGAAAGUCCAAAUCGCAGGCAUAUGCUAUGAUGUUGUCAUUGUCUGACAAGGAGUCCCUCCAUUCUACAUCCCACAGUUCUUCCAACGUGUGGCACAGUAUGGCCAGGGCUGCGGCGGAAUCCAGUGCUAUCCAGUCCAUAAGCCACGUAUGACGUUUUCAAGGUUGACCAGAGUGGGACCAAGUCCAACAAGUAGCAUGGCUCUUUCAUAUAGGACUAUUUACAAGACUGCUGAGCAGAAUGCCUUAUAAACCUGCAGGGUCACUCAUCUAAAGUCUAGUGACCUUAAACUGAAUGAUUUAAAAAAGAAAAGAAAGAAAAAGAAGAAACUAUUUAUUCUCGAUAUUUUGUUUUGCACAGCAAAGGCAGCUGCUGACUUCUGGAAGAUCAAUCAAUGCGACUUAAAGUGAUUCAAUGAAAACAAAAAACUUGCUGGGCUGAAGGCAUCUUCCAGUUUACCCCACCUUAGGGUAUGGGUGGGUGAGAAGGGCAGUUGAGAUGGCAGCAUUGAUACAAAUGAACACUCCAUAGAAACUGAAUUCUCUUUUGUACAAGAUCACCUGACAUGAUUGGGAACAGUUGCUUUUAAUUACAGAUUUAAUUUUUUUUCUUUGUUAAAGUUUUAUGUAAUUUAACCCUUUGAAGACAGAAGUAGUUGGAUGAAAUGCACAGUCAAUAUAGAAACUGAUAACAGGGAGUACUUGUUCCCCCUUUUGCCUUCUUAAGUACAUUGGUUAAAACUAGGGAAAAAGGUUAUGUGUAUAUUGUAAACUAUGGAUGUUCACACUCAAAGAGGUUAAGUCAGUGAAGUAACCUAUUCAUCACCAGUAUCGCUGUACCACUAAUAAAUUGUUUGCCAAAUCCUUGUAAUAACAUCUUAAUUUUAGACAAUCAUGUCACUGUUUUUUAAUGUUUAUUUUUGUGUGUGUGUUGCGUGUAUCAUGUAUUUAUUUGUUGGCAAACUAUUGUUUGUUGAUUAAAAUAGCACUGUUCCAGUCAGCCACUACUUUAUGACGUCUGAGGCACACCCCUUUCUGAAUUUCAAGGACCAAGGUGACCCGACCUGUGUAUGAGAGUGCCAAAUGGUGUUUGGCUUUUCUUAACAUUCCUUUUUUGUUUGUUUGUUUUGUUUUCCUUCUUAAUGAACUAAAUACGAAUAGAUGCAACUUAGUUUUUGUAAUACUGAAAUUGAUUCAAUUGUAUAAACGAUUAUAAUUUCUUUCAUGGAAGCAUGAUUCUUCUGAUUAAAAACUGUACUCCAUAUUUUAUGCUGGUUGUCUGCAAGCUUGUGCGAUGUUAUGUUCAUGUUAAUCCUAUUUGUAAAAUGAAGUGUUCCCAACCUUAUGUUAAAAGAGAGAAGUAAAUAACAGACUGUAUUCAGUUAUUUUGCCCUUUAUUGAGGAACCAGAUUUGUUUUCUUUUUGUUUGUAAUCUCAUUUUGAAAUAAUCGGCAAGUUGAGGUACUUUCUUCAAAUGCUUUGUACAAUAUAAACUGUUAUGCCUUUCAGUGCAUUACUAUGGGAGGAGCAACUAAAAAAUAAAGACUUACAAAAAGGAGUAUUUUU